GCCCAGCCGCUCGGCCUAUAUCCCCAGCUGCUCCCUCUCCGCGGUGGCUGUGGACAUGGCGCUGCAGUUUGAAGCCUUCAGUGCAGGGGGCCUGGCCCCCGGCUGGAGCCUGACCGUGCAGGGGCAAGCAGACUCCGGACAGGACAGGUUCGAGAUCAACUUCCUGUCAGAGUCGGGGGACAUCGCCUUCCACGUGAAGCCCCGGUUCUCCAGUGCCACGGUGGUGGGCAACGCCUUCCUGGGAGGCCUCUGGGGCCCGGAGGUGGUGUCCAGCAUCUUCCCUCUGGCCCUGGGGGAGCCCUUCGAGAUGGAGGUGAGCGCCGAUGCCGAGCACUUUCACGUCUACGCCCAGGAACAGAAGGUGCUGCAGUUCCCGCACCGCCACAGGCCACUGGCCACUGUCACCCGGGUGCAGGUGUUCAGUGACCGCCCCCUGGCCCACGUGGAGCUGGCCAAGCGGAGCCUGAGCUGGGGGGAUGGGGGUGACUGACCCAUCGCAGUCCUAGC